AUGGAUUUAAAUAAAACCCCUCAUAACACAUUUUUGAUUAAGAGCUCAAAUGAGCCAGAAAAGACGUUGGAAGUGGAGCGGAACGCUUUUGUCCGUAGCUCCAAGGUGCAGCGGUCGCCACCACCGAAAAACGUGAGAACAUCUCCCCCACCUGCCACCUUCAAAUGCACCAAGGAGUUCCCCCAUUUAGGAGCUCCUUCGGAAAGUGGAGCUGGGAACGGUGCGGAAAGCGUCGGAGAUGUAGGUGUCGAGCUGGUGUUGCCAGCAACUCUCCCCCACUCUGCCAGUUCUGCUGUAGGGAUGCCGGAGGAGCCAUUCAAAGCACCGCUGAGGUCGGAAGGCUCUGAGAUGGUGCUUCUGCGUCAGGAAUAUCUUGACGCAGAGAGUGACAUUGAAACCCGGCUCCAAGACAUGGAAGCUACGAUCAAGGCUAUGCUGGACACCUUCCGGACCCAGAAAGCCGUAAAUCAAGUGGUCAAAAACGGCAUGGCCAAACUGGAGGAUGACCUUGGCUUCGUUUUUGCCUGCCGGGUGGUGAGUAAGGCAGCCAUGGAGAAGAUUGCCGAGAAGGUUGUGUCUCUGUCUGACGAAAGAACACUGCCUUCUAAGAAACGUAAAAGGCCUUCCACAUCGGACAGUCCUCAAAAAAGAGAAGAAGGCGUCCAAACCAAAAGGACCACGGUAAAGGCCAAGGCAACUCAGACUGAUCUAUUGUCUGCUGUGCCCAGAUCCUUUUCGGACAUAGCUGCAGCUCCUGCAAAGAGCCAACAACCACAGCUACCUACGACCCCCCUUCAGGGAAGUUCCCGAAAGGGGUCAGUCGUAGAGACACCUGGGGCUGCGUGGGAAAAACGUCGUUCCCGAAAGGAGAAGAGGCAGUUGAGGCGGGCGGAGGUCGCCUCUAUAAAGAAUGUGGCAGUGAAGGCACAGCCGACCGGCGUGGCCCAAACUGGGCCCGGCUCGGUCUCUGCUCCGAAAAAGUCCCGGCCAAAAAAGCCCAGGACGGAGGCAAUCCUGGUAGUAUCCAGCUAUAGGCAGAUCCACGGGUACUUCAGUCUGGUAGUUUGUGUGUUCGGGACCAUCGCUAACAUCCUCAACAUCUUGGUGCUCACUCGCAAAGAACUCAUCAACUCCCCCAUCAACCGGAUCCUCACCGGCAUCGCUGUCGCUGACAUGCUAGUCAUGUUGGAGUACAUACCCUUCUCUACGUACAUGUACGUUCUACUUCCUCCGGGUGUCAAGCACUUCUCACACUCAGAAGCUGUCUAUAUACUCGUCCACAUGCACUUCUCUCAGUUGAUGCACACCAUAUCCAUCUCUUUAACUCUCACAUUGGCACUGUGGAGAUAUCUCGCUAUCCAAUUCCCACACAAGACUCACGCUCUGUGCUCGGACCAGCGUUGUACGACUGCCAUCACCAUGGCGUUCGCUCUACCCGUGGUGAUCUGUAUACCGUCCUACCUGGUGUUCAGCGUGAGAGAGACCAGGGUGAUGGAACACCAGAGAGUGGUGACUCUCUACCAUCUAGACCUCAGUGAUCUUGCCAAACAGGACAACGAACUGCUGUACACGGCCAACUUCUGGUUGUACGCAGUCGUUGUGAAGCUGUUGCCAUGCGCAGUCCUCACGCUGGUGUCCUAUUGGCUGGUCUCCGUACUGUGGCAGGUGAACGCGCGCAAACAGCGGCUGCGCUGUGACGUGUUUCCCGCGGUAGCGGCACCGCGCGUCUACAAGCCGGAGAAACGGAUGGAUCGGACGACCAAAAUGUUGGUUGCAGUGUUACUGCUGUUCCUAAUCACCGAGAUCCCACAGGGUGUGCUAGGCCUGCUGAGUGGGAUCCUAGGACGAUGCUUCUUCAAGAACUGCUACCACCAGCUGGGCGAGCUGAUGGACAUCCUAGCCCUGAUCAACGGUGCCAUCAACUUUAUCCUGUACUGCUCCAUGAGUCGUCAGUUCAGAGACACGUUCAGUACGAUGUUCAAGCCUAGGAUAUUGGCCAAGUGUGCGCCGCAUAACACAGAGGUUCAGAGCACCUACGUCUGACCAACGUCGACUCCUGCCUUUGCCGUCACGGUCACUCUAGAGCUGUCGGACGACUAGUGGGUAACCAGAU